AUGUCGCCGGCUCCAGCUGCAGCCCAGGCUCCUGUGUCGGUCUCCCUGUUUGACCUCAGCACGGAUGCUCCGGUCCUUCAGGGCCUGCGCCUGGUGAGCCACUUUCCCGAGGAGGCCUUGGCCCAGGCUCUGCAGACUUCCUGUCCAGGUUCAGAGGAGCAAAUAAGCCCAGAAAGAAGACCACUCCAGGGUCCUCUGGAUAUUUCAGAGAAGUUGUUUUGUUCAACCUGUGACCAGGUCUUCCAGAACCACCAGGAACAGAGGGAACAUUACAAGCUUGACUGGCAUCGGUUUAACCUAAAGCAGCGUCUCAAGGACAAGCCUCUCCUGUCUGCCCUGGACUUUGAAAAGCAGAGUUCCACAGGCGAUCUUUCCAGCAUCUCAGGAUCAGAAGACUCAGACAGUGAGGAGGACCUGCAGAUACUGGAUGAGGAGAGGGCUGACUUGGAGAAGCCUAUGCGACCCCGAGGCUUCCACCCCCAUCGGGUUCUUUUCCAGAAUGCCCAGGGCCAGUUUCUUUAUGCCUAUCGCUGUGUCCUAGGCCCUCGCCAGGUGCCCCUUGAAGAACCAGAACUGCUGAUUCAGAACCUGCAGAGUGGAGGUCCCAGGGACUGUGUGGUGCUCAUGGCUGCUGCUGGGCACUUUGCUGGUGCCAUUUUCCAAGGACGAGAAGUGUUGACACACAAAAGCUUUCACCGCUACACAGUGCGGGCCAAGCGGGGCACAGCGCAGGGGCUCCGGGACGCGCGGCAUGCAGCUGCUGCCUCUGCUGGGGCCAGUCUGAGGCGCUACAAUGAAGCCGCACUCUAUAAGGAAGUUCGUGACCUGCUGGCAGGGCCAGAUUGGGCUAAGGCACUGGAGGAGGCUGGGACGAUACUGCUGCGUGCCCCCCGCUCUGGCCGGUCCUUGUUCUUCGGGGGCCGUGAGGCUCCCCUGCGCCGGGGUGAUCCCCGACUUUGGGAUAUCCCCCUCGCUACCCGAAGACCCACCUUCCAAGAGCUACAGCGUGUACUCCAUAAGCUGACCACGUUAUAUGUCUAUGGAGAAGACCCCCGGGAGACAGACAAGUUGGAUUUACCUCAGACACACCGGAAGAGAGUGAAAGAAAGGAAGGCUAUCGAGGAAGAAAGAAAGGUCCCCAGUGAUGAAAAUGAAGCACUCGGGCAGAACGAGGAAGCUCCCAGACAGGGAUUAGAGUCAGAGGGAGAGGAUGGCUCCCAGGUAGAGUUGGAGCUAGUAGAGGUGACACUGGGAACGCUGGAUCUUCGUGAGUUUGAGGUAUUUCCCAAGCAAAGGAGGAGAAAAAGGAAUAAGAGGGAGAGAAAGCAAGACCUGGAGUCUGGGCUACAAAUGACUCUUUCCCAGCAACCAAAGGAAGAUGAGGCCCUUUCAGGGUCAGCCCCUUUGGGGCCUCCCUGGGAUGAGGCCACGUCCCCCGGUCAGCCGGAGCUCUGGGAUGUGCUUCUAGCUGCUUGCAGAGCUGGAGAUGUGGGGAUGCUGAAGGACCGGCUCACUGCCAGCCCCCUAGACCCUGGAGUUCUGCCUCUGCUCACUGCCCCCUUGGGCUCCGGCGGCUUCACUCUCCUGCACGCAGCAGCUGCAGCUGGGAGAGGCUCAGUGGUUCGCCUGCUGCUGGAGGCAGGUGCGGACCCCACUGUGCAGGAUUCCCAAGCUCGGCCACCGUAUACAGUUGCAGCUGACAGAUCAACACGCAAUGAGUUCCGGAGGUUCAUGGAGAAGAAUCCAGAUGCUUACGAUUACAGCAAAGCUCAGGUGCCGGGGCCGCUAACAGCAGAAAUGGAGGCACGGCAGGCCACUCGGAGAAGGGAGCAGAAGGCAGCCCGGCGGCACCGGGAGGAGCAGCAGAGGAAGCGGCAGGAGCAGGAGAAGCAGGAGCGAGAAGAGCAGCGGCGAUUUGCUGCCCUCAGUGACCGGGAGAAGAGAGCUCUUGCUGCAGAGCGCCGACUCGCUGCCCAGUUGGCAGCCCCCAACCCUCAGACCUCUGACCCUGCCGUCACCGUCAGCAAUAUUCCGCGCUGCUGGAGUUGUGGGGUGUCUCUCCAAGGCCUUGUUCCUUUUCACUGCCUUGACUUCUCCUUCUGCUCCACACGCUGCCUCCGGGAUCACCGCUGUCGGGCUGGGAAGCCCUCUUCCUGA